GGGUGAUCAAUCUCCAUCAGUCUGCAUUUCCAAUCACUUAAAGCGGCGGGCGCAGGACAGAAACGCUCCCCACAAGGUAAAUCAUUUGAUUUAUUGCUCUCUCUCUGCAGGCUGCUCUCCUGACAAGCAUUUCCCUGUCUGAAUGUCACCCACACACUGCUCCCUGGCUCAGGAACUAAGUUUAUUAUUUGGGGGUGUGAAGGGAGGGGGCUCCUUCCUUUCUAAAGUAAUAAACUGGCUAAUCCUACAUUUACUAUAAAGUUCAGAUUGGGGGUGAUGGGGUAAGGGUGAUUAUAACAGCUAAAUAAAGUACCUGGAGCAGUAAUGGUGGAUAGGGGAGGCCUGGGCUCAGAAAGACUUUUCUAAAUCCUUUCUAGUUCCUGGGUAAGACUGGGUCCCCCUCUCACUGUCCUCUGAGCUCCCUUUAUAUUAGUUUAGUUUGUUUUGCUGUGUUGAUGUUGUUGUGUUCAACUCUUGGUGUAUGCUGGAGAGAACUUGUAGUUUCUCACCUUAAGUGAUCUUAGUGUCCCUGUUUGUUUUAGCCUCUUUCUCUGUCUCUCCUCCUACCUGCUCGGGAUUAUACAACAGGGCAGGUUUAGUUGCCAAAAACCUUGUCUACAGAACACUCCUACCCUUCUGAGGUAAAACUUUCUCAAUCGAAAACAUAUUAAUGGGUCAUAAUUCUAACCAGCAGACACAUUGCUUAACUUUAAUCCCUCAAACAUUAAAGUAUCCAAAAUGUAGAAUCUAAAAUAUGAUAUUUUUUUUACUUGAAAAUGUAUCCGUCUGUAACUUGAAUAUUGAUCAGUCUAUCGUUUUGUAACUUUGAAUAAAUUCAUGCCUGGAUUCCAGGUCAGAGCAGUGGGUGAUUGGGGGUGGUGGGUCUCUGAUAAUUGCUGGGGUGGGGAGUUAUAGUGGAUUUUUUUUUUGUUAUCUCUUCCUGGGAGUCUUAUUUAUUUGUCUUUGAAUGCUUUGCCUUGCUGUUUGUAAGGAUAAUUUAGAUCUGUUUUACAAGUAAAUGCAAAGUGGUGAUUCAUUACAGAAAAAAUAAAACCCUCCUUUUAUUUUCCCCAUUUAAUAUUGUAAAUCCAUUUUACUGGGAAGUUAUGUAAAUGUACUAUUUGAAAACAAAUCCCUAUUAAUUAGUGAUUGUACAUACACUAUUUUUCUUGGUGGGGGAAAAUCGAUUUCCUAUCAAUGGUUCCUAUCAGUAAAAAACAAAAAAGUUUACCUAAACAAUGAAUUAGGCUUGGCUAAAACUCCUCUAAUUGUACUUAUGUAUAAUCUAGAUGUAGUUACAGUAAAACACAAAACCUGAAAAGGGGUCUCUUUAUUUUUUUUUUAGGGUGUGAUACUAUCCGGCCCACAACUAAUAUUCAUAUUAAAUCAGUCACUCUGUCUGUCUCCUGUUUAUUUUAAAAUCAAAGCUAAAUAGAGUAAAAAUUAAAGGUACUGCUAAUUUAAUUUUCAUUUUACAAAGUGUCUAAUUGAAUCAGAGGUGUAAAUUCUGUAGUCGAUUCUGAGUUCUUUUGCAUUAGAAUUGAUAAAACACUUCAGUCUAGUCUGUAGUUACCUCCCACAUCACACUUUGCAGAUAGAAUUUUGACACAUGUAAAUUUAAAGUUCUAACAGAGAAGAUUCUUAGCUCUUUCCUCUCAAUAUUUUUAAAAUCCUACAGAAUACAUCGGUGUGAUUCCUUUUUUUUUUUUUAUCCUACGUUUGUCGAAACGUUUACUAGGGGCAGUAAAUCGAGAGAGUGAUGAGAAAGGUGUGUUUAAUUAUAUAUAAUAUAUUGGCUAUAUUUCCAUUCUAUAAAAGAGGAAAUUACGGGGGUCUUAUUAAAUUGACAAUUUUCUCACCUAUUAAAAUGAACUAUUUUAGUAAGAGAUAUUCACGUACAAAACUUUUUUUUCGACUUCUCUUUAUACAGGAUGCUGUGAAUUCACUCUAGGGCAAAAUAAAUUGAUGUAGGAUUAUAAUUUCGCUCCUUUUAAAAACGUAUCGAAACGAUUUAUCAGUGGAUAAUUUUGGGGACCCCUGUCAAGCUUUUAGCAUGAUGUCAUACCUCAAACAGCCCCCUUAUGGAAUGAAUGGACUGGGGCUAACAGGACCUGGGAUGGAUCUACUGCAUCCUUCUGUGGGAUAUCCAGGUAAGACCCUCAAACACCCUAUGUGAAAUGAAUGGACAUUUAUAUCAUAUUUAAUGGAUCUGUUUGUUUGGUGGUUUGUUUGUGGUGUUUUUCUUUGACCUCUUUUGAUUGUAUACAUUGAAAGCUGAAUUCAAUGAGCAGAAAAUGGUGCAAAUUUCUACAGGGAAGGCAGUUACUAAACUGAGGAAAAAAAUACAUUUUUAACUUGUGAAUUUUGGCCGAUAAUUUGUGAUUCCCUGGUGGAUUCCCAGCAAUUGCCGAGCUAGUUUUAUUGACUAAAUAAAUCAAGAACUCGCUAAAAGUGAACCGUUUUAUUUCUUCACUGAUGUAAUUGGGAUGUUUUUAUCGCUGGAUAUGUAAUAAGUACUUUGCUUUUUGUUUUCUCCCUCCUGUAAUUUAGCAGCAUUAAACCCCUGGUACCUUGCUAGGCCAAGAUACACAAUGGCUAUCUAAUAAAACCGAGUAUACUGUAGGUAAAAAUAUACAUUAGGAAGUGUGUAUGUAUAUAUUACACUUCCUAACUUAUACUGAUUCCUACAGACUUGCAGUAUACUCUGUUAUAUUAUUUGGCCAUUUUGUGAUUGAUUAAUAAAUAUAUGUAUGUAUAUUAUUUAUUAUGUCAUCAGAUUCCGUAGCGCUUUACAAUAUUAUGAGAGGGGGGAUUUAACUAUAAAUAGGACAAUUACAAGAAAACUUACAGGAACGAUAAGUUAAAGAGGACCCUGCUCAAACGAGAUUACAGUCUAUAGGUUGUGUGUGUGUGUGUAUGUAUAUAUGUAUGUAUAUAUUUCUUUCCCCUUUAUUUAAAUUCCGGAUUAUUCAUUAAAGUGCAAAUUUAAUUUGUGGGGGGUUUUUUUUUCCCCCAAAAUAGUCGAACUACCAAAAUAUUAGGAGUCACUGCUAUUUUAAAUUCGACUAUCUGUACCUACAAUUUCGAAUUCCAGUGAGGAUACAAAUGUACUUUAGAGGGAGGAGGAUAGAAGUUACACAGUGUAUAAUAUAUAUUAGAAACACAAUGUACCGAUUCUGGCUAAAGACACAAAGUAUAGUAUGUUAAAAUGGUCAUAAAGGUAGAUCACGUUUAGCUAAAAAUUCAAACUUGAAAUGUUUUAACUGCGUAGUGAUAGUAUCUGUAUAAAAUUCAGAAACUAUAGAUACAUAGUUAGAGUAUCUGUAUAAUCAGAUACUAUAAAGUGUAAUAACUUAAAUCUAUUAAACUAUCCAUAUUUUCCUUAAUAAUUAGAAUUAUCAAGAUUCGAGUCUAUACUCCGAUUUAAACUUUGUUCACUGUGUCCCAUUCCACUCAAACAAACGUAAAUUGUUGAGAGUUCAAAGCGAUUUCCCCAAAUUAGGCCACAAUGACUAACUUACAAAUAUUCUCAGUCUUAUAUGGUUUAUUACUUUACAUUUUGGUUAAAAAUGUGAAAUUAAUUUUGAAUUCCUGACAGUGUCCACUUUCAUGAGUGAAUCUGCAGGUAGUGUUGUUAAAAUGUAUGUUUCUGCUCUGGGCUAAGAUAGGGCCUAUCUGUCCAGACACAUUUAGCGCAGGAAAUUGUCCAUUAAUGUGAAUAUAUUUACAGCCAUGAAACUGGAUAUUGGGUGAAGUUCACAGGUCAAAAUAAUCUGAACUAAAACUCGGAGAUGUGAUCUGUAGGUUUGCAGAGUGUAAACUAGCAAUGCUUGAUAGUGUGUGUGUGUGUGUGUGUGUGUGUGUGUGCAAAAUAUGAAAUAUUAGUAAGGUUUUCUCAUCUUUGUUUGUUUUUAGAACUUAUCUGAAAUAUAAGUUGAGUAAUAUUACAUUUAAAUUUUUUUUAACACAAAAUAAAAAUUACUUGGUGGGGCAAAUACAAGCGGUUUUUGAUGAGAUGAAAUGCUAAUUGGAUGAGGGAAAAUCAACGUUUUGGCCACAAAAUACUGAAUACUUGAACACUCUGUAAAAUUAUCUCCCUGACAGACUUUUCAGAGGAGUUUAAACAUUGUGAUACUAUUGUAAUAGAGUCAAUUUAAUAUAUAUAUAAUACAGUAAUAUAUGUAAUUAUACACAGUAUACAUAUUUUAUGAACCCGAUGUAGACGUUGGUAAGGUUGUGUAAUGCGAUUGGGUGCUGCAAUUUACAAAUAUUGAUUUAAAAAACAAAAAAAAUAUUAUCCGAAUAUGCCUGUUUUAAGCGAUUCCGUAUAAUAUACAUUGUGUAUGUAUUUUUUUUAUUUUUUUUUUAUUUUUAUGUAUUGGGGGAAAUUAUACAGUUUCAUUUUCGAGUUUUGUGUUCAGGACGGAUGUUAACCAAAACUUAAAUUUAACAAUUUUGGCGAGAGUUGUUUUUUUUUAGCAAACUUUAUACAUAAAGUGUCUUUCUAGAUCCCCAAACAGCGAAUUAAAAUAAGUAUGUAGAUAAUAAAAUAGUCUGCGAGGAUAAUGCGCAACAGUUGAAGUUAAAGAACCUAUUCACUAAUAUAGUGAACAGAGUAUAAACUAUGCACUAAUAUAAUAAAACUUAAAUCUAUCCAAUAAUAUGGUGACUAAAGUAUAAUACUAAAACUACAAUCUACACAAUGAUAUACACUAAUAAAUCUAACUAUAAAUUAUACAACAAUAUAGUGAUCAAAGUGUAACUUAUAUAGUGAUAAAACUAAAGUCUACACAACAAUAUAGUAAUUAAAGUAUAAUCCAUAAACUAAUAUAAUAAUCGAUCAUUUAUACAACAAUAUAGAAAUCAAAAUAAUACAGUAAUAAAACUACAAUCUACACAAUAAUCUAGUGAUCAAACUAUAAAUGUACAUUAUUUAUAUAAUGUGCAAGCUGUAACCUGUGCAAUAAUUGAGAACUAACCGUAACCUAUAUUUAUUUAGUGAACAAACUAUGACCUAUACAUCAAUUAAUAUAGCUAUAAUCUGUAUUUACAGCGAUCAAACUAUAAUAUCGACCUUUAUAUAGCAAACAAACUAUAACCUUAUAUAGCAUUAUAUGAUGAGCCAGCCAAUAACCUAUACAUAACGUUUACAUGGUAAACAAACUACAACUUUAUGUAGCGAACAAAUUAUAACCUAUGUACUAACACAGCGAGUUUAGAAUAUAUAUAUAUAUAAUAUAAACAGUGGGUAUGCUACAACCCAUCUACCAAUUCCAUGAGUAUAGUUUACACAAGUCAUGUAUGCAUUAUAAUGCGUUCAUUAUUGUGCUGGGCAAGCUGUAAUCUGUACAUAAAGUGAACAAACUAGGACUUGUGUAUUAAUAGUGAGCUAAUACCGAGUUUAACUCGUUUUAUACACCAGUUACGGGCUCCUUGUCUUCCUCAGAAUGUGUUGGUAAUGAGGAAUGCCCAGCUCCUGGUAAACAUUGUUACAUUUGGUUGCUAUGGAUACUCUGAUCCCGGAGCAGAGAGUGGGAAGCACGUGUUGGUGUCUAGGUGUGACCUUGUCCCCCUCUCUUUUCCCCCAGCCACCCCGCGGAAGCAGCGCAGGGAGCGGACGACCUUCACCCGGUCCCAGCUGGACGUGCUGGAGGCUCUGUUCGCCAAGACUCGGUACCCGGACAUCUUCAUGAGAGAAGAAGUGGCCCUAAAGAUCAACCUGCCGGAGUCUCGAGUUCAGGUUUGUUACCGAAUACAUUACUGGCCCUUACCGGUGUCAGGGGUCCCUGGGCCACUCUUGCCUUGUUCUAAACUUCAUUAAUUUCCUCAUGUUCCCCUGCAUUCAUACACCGUCUUGCACUCCAUAAAAUCGAUCCUCUGCAUCUUAUUUCCCCUUAGAUCUAAUAGUAUUGAUUGACUUCAAUACAAUGUCCACCCAGUAUUUGAUAGCAGUAACCUGACUGAGGGCACAUACAAGGGCUGUCUGGUUAGUGUGAGGAUUUGGGGGGUUCUCUGCUGGUGGAAGGGGACCCCAUGCAGCAGCUGAUCAGGUAAUCCCAUGCUCCCUGGGGUCAGUGUUGGAGCUGUGCACACAGAUAGGGAGAGGGGAUCUGGGACUGUGUUCUCUUAUCAGCUGCCAUCAGACCCAGUGUGGAUUGUGCUCAAUGCCCCCCCCCCUUCAUAAAGGAAGCAUCUGCUGGAGCUGAAUAUCAUUACUAGCCAUAAUGGCAGGUUUCAGGGGUUUAGUGUCACUAAGCUCUACACCUCCUUUAAAUAUGUCUGCUGGCUGGAUGGGGCCUACUCCCUCCUAAUUCCUGCUGUGAGAACAUGGUGUGCUGGCAGAGGGCACCUGGGCAAUACAUGCUGUGGGAGUGCCACCUGUCUGUCUCCUGAGCCCAUUGUGGGCGAGUUAGUGAAACUGGGUGUGUUUGGCAGUUUCUGUGCCCAUUGAGUGGCCAUGUCUCCUGUAUAGGCCCUGUUUGCCCACUUGCUUGCUUUUUCAGGCCAGAGUUGGGCUGUGCCAGUGGAAUGGCUGUCCUGGCUGGGGGUUGUGGGGGUGCAUGUCUGCCUGUAGGGUCUGUGAGGUGAUGGUGUGAGGGAGGGGGGUCUGCCUGUUUUGGAUGGGAGGUGGCAGGGGAGAAUCUUCCUGUCCUGUAUGAGGGGUGUCUGCCUGUUUUGGCUGGGGGGUGUCUGCCUGUUUUGGCUGGGGGUUGGUGAGGGGGAGGUGUCUGUCUGUUUUGGCCGGGGGGGAUUUGAGGGGGGAGGUGUCUGCCUGUUUUGGCUUGUCUCUGCCUGUUUCUGGCUAUGAUGGGGUGUCUGCCUGUUUUGGCUGGGGGGGGUCUGCCUGUUUUGUCUGUGAGGAGGGGGGGAUGUCCUGUGCCUGUCCUGGUUGGGGAUGUGUCCCUUCUCACGGUGAUACAAUGCCAGGAGUGACACACACAGCAGCCAUUUCCCUGGGAUUACUGAGCUAUGUUAAUAGGUGGAUUAUCCUUUCAGUUUCCUGGAGCCCAUCCUCGGUAAGAGUCGCUCAGUGCCCGGGGCUGUCUCGGCAGCGCCCUCUACAGACAGAAUAGGUCUCUACAGAGCCACAGUUCCCGCCUUAACUGGAGGGAGAGACCACCUGGGGCUUUUUAACUCUCUCACUGCUAAUCUGUAGCAGUUCUAUGUAGUAUAACUUUAUUAGUAUUGAAUAUAUCAGCCCAUGGUGUUACUGUAUCUGUAUAGGGACUCGCUGCUACAAUGUAUACUGUAGGCAUUAGAUCUCUCCAUAUAAACUGCCUUCAUCAAUCUGGGCACAUUAUGGCAGUACAGUACUCGUUAUUACCCAUAAUGGCCAGUCCGCUUUCAGGCUGGGACUGCAAUUCCUAUGAGGCUCAGUCCUUCACCUAUGGCUCCCCGAGUUUCUCAUAGUAUCCAGCUGUAUCCAUGUACAUUAUAAUGUAUUCUGUAAUCUAUAUUAAUAAUUAGCAGGAGCAUCACUUUAUAUUACUUAACAGUUACUGUUUAUCCAGCAUUCCUGGGAAUCAUUGACCUCAGGAUAAUUAUCACAUAAAUAGUUCAUUUUAUUUAGAGCGACCUUUCCCAAUCGCACGAUCUGCGUUGGUGACGUCAUGUCAGGGUUAUAACACGUCAUAAUGUAAACCUGUCAUAGUUUCAGGGUUGAUAACCGGAUUCAGAAUUCGGUUUAACCAAUUGUUUCCUGUAGAUUAGUUGGUUCUGUUCUUGUGAUCGGCCAUUAGAUCCCAGUGUAAGGAAGGCAGUGUGUGUGUGAUUAACAAACAAGUCAGUUUUUAUUCACCAGACUAGUUAGAUUGAGCUGUUUGCCUUCAUAUUUCAGCUCUGCCACUAGCCCACUCCGAGGAACAGGUAGCCCAGUGUUUGAGCACUCUGGAUGUAAAGCACACACUGAGGAAGUGUUGGGAGCUGGAGAUGGUCCUGGCCCGGCUGGGAUGUGAUGGGCAGCUCUCCAGACUCUAGAUGUGUUACCCUCUAUCCAGGGUAGUUUAUUAUUCCUUUAUCAUGUGAGCUUUAAAGGGCUGCUCUCGGUAUAACCCUUCCUGGUAUCCCACAGCUAUACAGGGUCCAUUCUAUAAUGGCAAUGUUCAAUCCAGCACUGUGUAACUAGUAAUGAGAGGAAUUGAAACAUUAGAUUCUGUCUAUAGCUGCAUGGCGGUCACAGGCCAGGUACACCCUGCACAUAUGGCUUUUACCCAGUUUAGCUCCAUAUGAUACAGAUCAGAAUGGGAUUCACCAACACAAAGCUCAGCUGUAAUGAUGUAAACACAUUGUAUAUACAGCCACUGUGAGGCUUCUGUUUGGGAUUUGAAUUCAUAUAUUAAUAUUUUAACACUAUAAUCGCUCUACUUGUUCCAUUAAGUCAUAUUUAUCUCAUCCAACAACAAACUUUAAACAAACAAAACUUGGGUAAAAGUUCGAAAAUCCGGCCUAACAUUCUAUUACGUUCUAUGUAGAAGGCUCUACUCUAUCCCUCGUUUUCUUUCUAAAUCCCAUCCUAUAUAUCUGUGUAUGUAUAGAAAGUGUAUGAUGUAUUUCUGUGUAUAGACAGCCUGUAUGACAUAUUAACCCCUGGGCUCCCAGCAGACAGCCUGUAUGACAUAUCUGUUUAGAGUAUAGUCUUUAUAAUGACGUAUUAACCCUUGAUAUCUCGGUAUAGACAGCCUGUGUAAAGACAUGUUAACCCCCAGACAGCCUGUAUGAUAUAUUAACCCACUGAGAUCCCAGCAGACACUGUGUAUGAUGACAUAUUAACCCCUGAGCCCCUAGCAGACACCCUCCCUGUAUGAUGACAUGUUAACCCCUGAGCUCCCAGCUGAUACCCUGUAUGAUGAUAUAUUAACCCCCUGAGCUCCCAGCUGAUACCCUGUAUGAUAUAUUAACCCCCUGAGCCCCCAGCUGAUACCCUGUAUGAUGACAUAUUAACCCCUGAGCCCCUAGCAGACACCCUCCCUGUAUGAUGACAUAUUAACCCCCUGAGCUCCCAGCUGAUACCCUGUAUGAUGACAUAUUAACCCCUGAGCCCCUAGCAGACACCCUCCCUGUAUCAUGAUAUAUUAACCCCCUGAGCUCCCAGCUGAUACCCUGUAUGAUGACAUAUUAACCCCUGAGCCCCUAGCAGACACCCUCCCUGUAUGAUUACAUGUUAACCCCUGAGCUCCCUGUAUGAUUACAUGUUAACCCCUGAGCUCCCUGUAUGAUGCUGUGUGAUGUGUACCCUGUCUAACCCCCCUGCCCUCUAUUCCAGGUCUGGUUUAAGAACCGCAGGGCUAAGUGCCGGCAGCAGCAGCAGCAGCAGACCAGUUCCAGCGGAGCCAAGAGCCGGCCGGCCAAGAAGAAGUGCAGCCCGGCCCGGGAGAGCUCCGGCUCGGAGAGCAGCGGCCAGUUCACCCCGCCAGCCGUGUCCAGCUCCUCCUCGUCCUCCUCCUCGUCCAGCUCCAACUCCUCCGGGAACCCCGGCCUGGGAGCCGGCCCUCUGAACGGCAGCACCCCCACGGCCUCCUCCAUCUGGAGCCCGGCCUCCAUCUCCCCUGGCACCGGCCCCGUGCCGGGAUCGGCCCCAGACCCCCUGGGCCCAGCCAGCGCCUCCUGCAUGCAGCGCUCUGGGUCCUCCUCCGCAGCCUCCUACCCCAUGUCCUACAGCCAGGCAGCCGGCUACACCCAGGGCUACCCUGCCCCCUCCUCCUCCUACUUCGGAGGGGUGGACUGCAGUUCCUACCUGGCCCCCAUGCACUCCCACCACCACCCCCACCAGCUCAGCCCCAUGACCCCUUCCUCCAUGUCUGGCCACCACCAUCACCACCACCUGAGCCAGACCUCCAGCCACCAUCACCACCACCAUCACCACCAGGGCUAUGCCAGCACAGGGCUGCCCUUCAACUCAUCUGACUGUCUGGACUACAAGGACCAAGCCACAGCCUCCUCUUGGAAACUCAACUUUAACUCCACUGAGUGCCUGGAUUACAAAGAUCAGGCUUCCUGGAGGUUCCAGGUCCUGUGAGCCAAAGAGGAACCCCCUUCUUCUGUUUUGUCCACAGCCUCCAUAAAUAAAUCUAAAUCUAUAUAUAUAUUAAAAAAAAUGAGGAAGUCAACCCUAGUGGAACUACCUGAACAUAUUAAGAAGAGGACAAUUGUUCUGGACACAUAUUUUUGUUUAUAUAAUAAAAUUUAAAAUAAAAAAAAAGACCUCUAAAUGAAAUAAAUUUAAAAUAAUUUGUGCCUGGACAAAAACAAGAAGGACCCUUGAAUGAACUGUGACUUUACAGCUUUGUGAUAAUAUUUAUUCACUGUCUGGACCUGGGGAUUGGACUGUAAAAUCUGCAUUUAUUGUGCUGUCAGUGAUCCAUCUGAAACACGACUACCCACUCCUCCUAACAGAAAAGACCCCCCCCCUCUUUUAAAUGUGUAUAUAACGAAAAGAAGUUCCCAUGUAGAGCCCACCUGUAUAGACAUGUCCAUAUGAUGGAGAACCGAGGAGCCUCCUGGAUUGUGUAAAUAUAAGGUCCAGUUCAUUGACCUUUUUAUUAUUUUUAAAUUGUCAUUGGUUUGAAUUAAAAUUUCUUAGCCCUUAACAUUCAUGGACACCACCACUUCUCCUCCAAAAAGCCAUCUUUAUUUAUAAUGUGGGUUUAUUCUAGAUAAGGGUAAAAAUCCAUAUCUACUCAAACACUCACACUCCCAAAUUCACUGUGUAUAUUUAUUAAAUGAAGAGGCCAUCAGAACGACUCUCACAUAUAAUAUGAUUUUUAUGACACUGGGCUAAUGACUGCAAUUGUUUCACAUUACCCAAUAAGUGAAGACACCAAAUUAACUCACAAUCUCAGAAAAGGAUUAUGAUGCCCAGUUUGUACAUUGCACGUUUCAGUGUAGUGUCUAAUUUUUUUGUAUAUUUUUUUUUUCCAUAUUAUUAUUAUUAGUUUUGAAGAGUAUCCCAAUAUCACAUUGAGCCCAAGUCAAGGCCAUUCAGCACUUCCAUCGUGUCACUGGAAAGUCUGGUCCCCCUGUCCCUGUGUAGAUGGAAUAAAAACUCUUUGUAAGUUUGAUAACAUGCUUGUCCCCAAACAAUUCCUAAAUGUAAGGAAACCCAUAUCAACGUGUCCCUCAUAAUAAAAGUCAAACUAAUGAACCUGACUUGUCUCAUUUUUACUGCAAUAAUUCUAUCUGCUGUCAGACUCAGAUUUAUAAUGUUUUUCUAAUGUUAUUGCCAAGAAAUAAUUUAUUACACAGAUAAAAUGUAUCAUUUAACAGAAUAUCAUCAAUCCACACACAGACUGUAUGAGUAUUAUAAAUCGUUCAUUUAGAGCUGUUAAUUAU